CGUAAAUUAAGACAUACCUAUUCAUAAGUCAUACACCAGAGGCAAAACUUUGCUAGAAUUUGUCAGCGCGAUCUUUGCCUGCUCACCUACAUUCUUAACUAAAUCUCAGUCAUAUUAACAGAUGUACAAGUUGUGGUAGUGGUUCAAUUCACCAUCACUAUGUCACAGUCCGACGAUGACUGGCUCGAGUUCACAGUACCGCCUACGUCACCCCCGAGAUCAACAGGAAGCUCCUCGUUCCCAUCUCGAAGGAACACCAUUACAGAUCAGGAUUUCGACUUCUCUUCGAGAAGACCCUCUCUCAGCACUGUGAUCCAUAAGGCUGUUACAUCGCUUGCAACAGAGACCACACCCUCGCCCGUCACCAAGCGCGCGCGGGCUGUGAAUACAUUGGAGGAUGAGAUUCAUAACAUUGGUGACAGUGGAAUGAUUGCUAUUGGGAGUAACUCUACCCGUACGUAUCCUCAUAGACGUAGAGAUAAAGAUGGAGCUAGGGCUCGUAGUAAAUCGAGGGAUUUAGACCCUCCUGAGACGCCUCAUUCGUAUUCAGACUUGACUGCGGAUACGAAUGCGAUAACAUCGCUGACAUCAGUACACUCACCCAAACUUAGUGUCAUAGCACCGGAGGAAGUGGACCUUCAGAAUAUCCAACAGGUUGCCCAGCGAACACGCGGCAGAAACCAAAAGAGCCUGUCGACGGACACGAGCAGAGACAGCAGUAGAUCAGCGUCCGCAUCACGUGCUCACUCUAAUAGUGCAUCACGAAACCGCUCUAAUAGCACAUCACGAGCACACUCCAAUAGUCCAUCACCACACAGCAACAGCCGUACAUCACCACACAGCAAUAGCCGUUCAUCACCACACAGCAAUAGCCGUGCGAAUGACAACAAUGAAAGUGCCGUAGGCACGGGCAGUCGUCUGAGGAGUGCGACUGCGUAUAGUAAACCGCUUAGUAGACCGCCCUCGGUGAAUACAGUACCUUCAAAGACGAGUUCGAUGCAAAGUCCCCGGGGAAAGGCGAAUAAGCAAGAUUCGGGCGCAUCUCAGAAUCAAAGUCCGAAUAUGUUCUCAUUUCCACUCAGCAAGGGGAGUACAGCUGCUGUUGUGCAGAACCAGGGUGUUCCCGGUUGGUCUGAUCUUGCUAUAUCGUCCCCGAAUGGUUCUCCUCGUCCAUCACAUCCCCUGAAAAGGCGGCGUGCUUAUACGCAACAUGCACCUCCGAGCGCAGACUUAGGCACCCUUCAGAACGAUGCAGCAGAACAUUCACGCACCUCUAACCCAGGCGCACAAACGCGUGCACACGUCCCAUUGACCAGUCCGCAAGAUGGGGUUGUGAACACCAAUAUCUCGCCCCUGGUCCGUGGUACCUAUCGGAAUGUGGAACCGCUAGAGAGUAGGGGUAGGCAGUCCACCACGAGUUAUGAGACGUCCAGAGGGAAGAGUCCUCGAUCGGGGACGAGUGAGUCGGCUGAUAAGAGGGUCACUCGCCACACCCGCGUCACUGACCAGUCCAUGUCGCAGGGUAUUGAGAGCAAGACGGGUGCUGGUUCGAUGGGGCCACUCUCUGUGGGGAAGGGUUGCUCAGAGGAUGAUCUGACUCGAUUGGAAAUCGAAGCUCUUGGGGAUUUACACAGCAGCAGCAAAGAAGGCGAAGACUUUGACUGGCACAACACAGGCAUGCAGGAUGCUCGCCUAGAGAUCCGGUUCGAUCGUGAAGGCAACCAAUUAAAAGGUACGCACAGUUGCUUAUGGACAAAAAGAGACAAUCUUGUGAUGUCAAAGGACGUUGAGUGGGUAACAUGUAUUCGGGUUAUGUGA